AUGCUCCCAGCUAUUCACUCUCACCUUUCUCACAAGCCUUGCACACGAAGCAAAUCUUCCGGAGGAAUCGCGAGGGAAGAUCGGCAGCGUGUUCGUCUCCCGUCAAAAGGAUUUCGCUCCGAGUUACAGGAUAAAAGAGGAUGAAGGUGAUCAUAACAUUCCUGAUCGCAACUGGUCUGGCCGUGGGUCUGGGUCAAGAAUACGGAGGAGGGCAUGCUUUGUUCGUCAGAACAUCGCCAUCCGGAGAUGCGCACUCGAGAGUCCAGCGAGCUGCUCCGGUAUCGCCCGCAGAUGUGAUGGCGCAAAAUAUCCUAGAGUGGAUUCAAGGGAUCUACCGGCAGGGUGCACGUAAACCUCGUCAACAGUCGGAUCCUCCAGGAUACCUACCACCGUAUAGCACCCAAAGACCGCUGGAAAGACCUCGACCAUUUCAACCGCCUUCGACCAGCCAGCCGCCACCCACCUACACAACUCCUACUCCAGUGACAAAUUAUCCUUAUCAGAGGCCAUCUGGUCAACCAACUACGCCACAACCACCGUUCUCCACUCAGAAACAAACGUAUCUCCCGCCAAGCAAGCAACCAUACGUACCAUCGUCUUACAAUCCUCGUCCUAGCGAGACACCUUCCUACUCGAACAUUGGUUCCUCCGCUUUUCCACCAUAUAGUUCAACACCUCGAUCAUCCACAUCCAUUCAAACAUCUGGCUAUUCAGGUUCUGGUGGAGGGAUCUCGACAAAUUAUGGUUACACAUCUAACUUUCCUCCUACCUCCACACCAUCCGGUUUCUCCACUACUUACGAUUAUUCGACUCAGAGACCAAGUCCUACAUACAUAGAACCGUCUACUUAUAGACAGCCUUCUGGAUAUCCUUCGCCCAAUGGAUAUUCAUAUGAUCAAGGUGGAUAUCCUUCCUCAUCGGGAUACCCCUCUUCUACUCCUGGUGGAGCAUUUCCUCCUCAGACUGGCGGAACUACUAGACCAAGCAGACCACCCAGUGGUCCUACCGGACAAGGAUCAAGCGGUUUUGGAACGACAAUAAGUGGAGGUGUGACGGAAGAUGAUUUAAAACAUCCUCCACACAUUCAUUCCCUCGACGUGGAGUGCAGUAAAACUAUGAUGACUAUCAACAUCGAGUUCAAUCGCGCUUUCGAUGGUGUUAUUUAUUCGAAAGGAUUUUAUACGAAUCCAGAAUGUAGAUAUGUCGAGCAAAAUUCUGGGCAGACGAAAUAUUCGUUCACAGUCAGUUUGGAUUCCUGCGGUACUCAAUUCAUCAACGAUUUCGCAGGUGAAGCUGGUCAGGCAUAUCUUGAAAAUGUUCUAGUUUUGCAGAACGAACCAGGAAUACAAGAGGUUUGGGAUACAGUGCGAAGAGUUCGUUGUCUGUGGGAAGGAAACAUCAAUAAAGCCUUGACGGUGAACUUCUCAGUGGAUAUGUUGAAUCAGGAAAUAGUGACGUUCAGCGGUGACACAGCAACCGCUAAAUUGGAUAUACAAGUGGGACGAGGACCAUUCGCGCCUACUGCUGAUGGACUCGUUAAAAUCGGAGAGACCAUGACUUUAGUUGUAUCUGUAGAAGGAGAUCCUGGCUUCGAUCUUCAGGUACACGAUUGUAUUGCUCGCGACGAAUCUUCGACCAAUACGCUACAGUUAACGGACGAAAGAGGUUGUAUAUUGAAACCGAAAUUAUUCGGUGCGUUCCAAAAGACAAAUGAUACCGGAAAUACAGGAGCAUCGAUUAUUGCUUAUGCUUACUUCCAAGCUUUCAAAUUCCCCGAUGUGAUGGAUCUAUUCAUCGAAUGCAACGUGGAACUGUGUAAAACCGAUUGCGAGCCUUGUCCACAAAUAAAUCAGCAAAUUGAACCGGGUAGACGGCGACGUUCGAUAAUGUAUACACCGUCGAAUACGACAUCUAACGGUACAGCUGUGUUACUAUCUGAUUCCAUACGUAUCGGUCGUGGCUUCAGAGUAAUCAUGGUGGACGAUUUAAGCAAAGCUAGCAAUCAAGUUUUGGAACAACUCGAAGAAACUGCUAUCGAAGAAGUAGCGAGAAAUUCAAUUAACGUUUGCAUGACACAUAGUGGUUUUUACACCGCUAUAUCAUUCUUUUUAACUACUAUUCUUGUGACUACCAUCAGUGCAGUUACGCUUUACGUCAAGUUACAACGAGUAUACGGAUCGAAAGCCAUUUAUUCGUAGAAAUUUGGUCUCAAGAAUGAUCAUAGGUGAUAGACAAAUGUUACGGUGAUAAUUGAUCGUUUUUCAUUAUAAGCUCAGAUUUUUAUCCAUGUUUAUAUUUCGUAUUACGUUUCAUUUUGAUCCCUCAAUAAUC